CAAGUUUGCCGGGAGAUGCCCUUCCCAGAGCCGGAGUUGUGGGCCGGGAGGGAGGGGCGCGUGAUUGACAGGCUGAACUACAGACUCAUCUCUUACCUUAGGCCGCGGGCGCUGAUUGGCUGCUCGCUGACAUCCUCAAACCCGGCUGCUCGGCGCUGGGCUCCGGAGGGGGGCGGCUGCGGGUGGAGGUGCGCUUCUGAAAAGCCCGAAAGUCAUUUCCAACCUCAAGUGGACUUUGUUCCAACUAUUGGGGGCGUCGCUCCCCCUCUUCAUGAUCGCCGGCAAACUUCCUCCUCGGCGCUGCUUCUAAUGGAGCCCCACCUGCUCGGGCUUCUACUCGGCCUCCUGCUCAGUGGCACCAGGGUCUUCGCCGGCUACCCAAUUUGGUGGUCCCUGGCCCUGGGCCAGCAGUACACAUCGCUGGGCUCCCAACCUCUGCUGUGCGGCUCCAUCCCAGGCCUAGUCCCCAAGCAACUGCGCUUCUGCCGCAAUUACAUCGAGAUCAUGCCCAGUGUAGCAGAAGGCGUAAAGCUGGGCAUCCAGGAGUGCCAACAUCAGUUCCGGGGCCGCCGAUGGAACUGUACCACCAUAGAUGACAGCUUGGCCAUCUUUGGGCCUGUCCUGGACAAAGCCACCCGCGAAUCAGCCUUCGUGCACGCCAUCGCCUCUGCUGGUGUAGCCUUCGCUGUCACGCGCUCCUGCGCCGAGGGUACCUCCACCAUCUGCGGCUGCGACUCACAUCAUAAGGGGCCACCUGGAGAGGGCUGGAAGUGGGGAGGCUGCAGCGAGGAUGCUGACUUCGGGGUGCUGGUGUCGAGGGAGUUUGCCGAUGCACGGGAAAACAGACCUGAUGCUCGCUCAGCUAUGAACAAGCACAAUAACGAGGCAGGCCGGACGACCAUCCUGGACCACAUGCACCUGAAGUGCAAAUGCCACGGUUUGUCUGGCAGCUGUGAGGUAAAGACCUGCUGGUGGGCCCAGCCCGACUUCCGUGCCAUUGGCGACUUCCUGAAGGACAAGUACGACAGCGCCUCAGAGAUGGUGGUGGAGAAGCAUCGGGAGUCCCGAGGCUGGGUGGAGACCCUGCGAGCCAAGUACGCACUCUUCAAGCCACCCACCGAGAGGGACCUAGUCUACUAUGAGAACUCCCCCAACUUUUGUGAGCCCAACCCAGAGACGGGCUCCUUUGGUACCAGGGACAGGACUUGCAAUGUCACCUCCCAUGGCAUCGAUGGCUGUGAUCUGCUGUGCUGUGGCCGUGGCCACAACACGAGGACGGAGAAGCGGAAAGAGAAAUGCCAUUGCGUCUUUCACUGGUGCUGCUAUGUCAGCUGCCAAGAGUGCAUCCGCAUCUACGAUGUGCACACCUGCAAGUAGGGAGCCAGGCCACUGGGAAGGGGUAGAUUGUGCGGCUGGAUCCAUUCAUCGAAGUCCCAUGGGAAGCAGGAUCUAGAUCUGGGCCAGUCUUCGGCACUGGCCGGCAAGGAGCAUGGACUGUUUGCCAGCUGCAUGUGAUGAACAACCUGGACCCAGCCGGCUUUGGACGGAGGCCCCUCCUUUCUCAUCUAACAUUUUUUCUCACCCUGCUCUGGAUGGUGUAUGGCUUUACAGAGGGGCUUUCUGUUUUGGUUUUCCAGGGUCUGCUGGGGACAGACCUGAGGCUUACCUUUGCACAUGUUAAAGAAAAUAAAAAUGAAAAAAAAAAUUCUACUGCAACAGAACAGGCUGGGCUAAUGCGAGCUCUUGGCCUGGUGGGAAAGACAAGAACAUGGCAAGGUUCUAUCUCCCAGCUGCCUCUACUGGUGACAUUCCAAGAUGCCUCUGAGGUGGGAGUUGUGAAAUGGGAC